CACUGAAAUCAACAUAUCUCAUCUAUUUCAGCGCAUCGUUGUAUGCGUAACGGGUUAAUCAGGCAGGUCAGGGUGCCAAGCCAACCCACUUUCACCUCUUAACUCCCUCCCGUACCUGACUUCCGCUCACUUUAUUUAUGAAGCCCUUUUAUUCAUGUGCACCCACCCCACGAUCGUGACAAUCUGCCUUGGGAAUUAUGGAAUGACAAAAGAACCCGCGCCCCUCGAAUCACGCCAAUAGCACACAACCUGCCCCCCCGGAUCCCGAGCUGACGUCAUGCAACAAACCCCGACUCCGGGCCCCGGAUCUUCGAUGCUCAACACCGACGACGCCCCCGGCGGGCCCUUGCCAUCGUUUAGCGACUUGAGCCUGGCUAACAAAAGCGGCCCGUAUGGCCUCUCCGGUCCGCAGUGGAGUUCCCGCGACCCCCGGACUUCGUCCACUCAGUCGUUGGUACCAUCGACUGAGGAUGGCGACGAGGACAACCGGAAACGGAGGCUUCUCGUCGUCUACAUCCACGGCUUCAUGGGGAACAACUCCUCCUUUCGCUCGUUUCCCGCCCAUGUACACAGCUUCCUAAAGAACCUGCUGGCGGAGACCCAUGUCAUUCACACCAAGAUCUACCCCCGAUACAAAACCUACAAGUCCAUCGAUGUGGCAUGUGAGAACUUUAGCAAGUGGCUGGCACCUCAUGAAUCUCCUACUACCGACGUGGUCUUGGUAGGGCACUCGAUGGGUGGUUUGUUGGCUGCAGAUGUGGUUCUGUUGCCACGCCAGAGCCCAUACAACACAGCAUCUCCCUUCCGCCAUAGGAUCUUAGGUACCAUUUCCCUCGACGCUCCGCUGCUCGGUCUCCAUCCCGGUAUCGUGGUUUCCGGCAUCGCCAGCCUCUUCCGGCCUGCCCCCAGCCCACCUGGAAUGAACGAGGGACAACAACUCGACUACCUGCAACCCGCCCAGUCCCAGGGACUGUCCCCAGACCCAUCUAUCUAUUCUGAGGUUUCGCCCCCAUCGGGCGCUUCUUCACCCUCUCUCAACCCCUACCCGUCCAGCUCGACAGGGAGCUCUUCAACCCUGCCGCCCCGCGACCCUUACUUUAACCCCCCAUUCCCCAAUGACGUGCCUUUUGUCGACCGCGGCUGGUUCAAAAACGUUCUUCACUUUGCAACCAAACACAAGGAGGAGAAUCUGGUUUACGCCGCCGCGAAUCACAUCGUGUCUCACCUCGAGUUUGGUGCCUGCCUGGCCGACUAUCCUGAGCUGAAGUCUAGGUACAACAGGCUCAGACAACUGGAAGAUGACGGCGACUGGAGCCAGCCGGGCCGCGUGCGUGUCCGCUUUUCCAACUACUACACCGUCUCGACGGGAGUCAUCAAGAAACCCAGGACGCCCUCGCCAGACGGCGCUUCGGGUGGACUAGGCACGCGAGGAGAGUCUGGGAGACCGUCCUAUGAAACCGACUCGCUCGCUCCGGCCCUCGGGGAGUCGACCGAGGAAUCCCGUGUACGGACCCCGAGGAUAUCGGUUGAGGAAUACAGCGAUGGGUCAGAACGGGAUAGCCUUCAAAUGCUCGAACCCAUGCCGGAGCCUGAGUUUGAGCCACAGCCUGAGCUAAAAGCUGAGUCGGAGAUAAAGACUGAGCUCGAGCUUGAGCUUGAGCUUGAGCCUGAGUCUGAGCUCAAGCCCUCCAACCAGCCCGCGGAGCCACCCUCCCAACAGGAGGACAACACCCUAGGUACGGAUCCCACGCCCACCGCCACACCCACCGACAACGACGGCCCCCCUCCUGAAGAACAACCCGCAAACCAAAACCCCGACCUCCCCCCAAUCCCCUCCGUUCCCGCCCCUCCCACGCCCCCCGACUUGGACGCCUACCCCGACAAGGAAUCCCGCAAACAAGCGCUCAAGACCUACAAAACCGCCGCCAAAGCCCACAGCCAAGCCCUCAAAGCCCGCGACAAGGCCCUCAAAGACCGCCAAAAGGCCCUCGACAAGCAGCAGCGCCAGGCCGACAAACUCGCCAAAAAGCAAGCCAAACUCCUCCUCCAAACCCAACCACCCCCCACACCAGCCGCCGCCGCCGCUGACGACGACACCAACCCCUUGAAAGAAAAAGAAAAAGCAAAAUCCAAAGAAAAGCCCCCCCGCCUCCGAAAGUUCUGCAUGCUCCCCUCCAAAGCCAAGGCCGGCCUCGACCCGGCCUGGGUCGACGUCUACAUGGAGGGCGUCGACGAGGUGGGCGCCCACUGCGGCCUGUUCCUGCCGGGGCCGCACUACGAGCGCCUGGUGGGGGACGUCGGGGAGCGGGCGGCGCGGUGGGUGUGGGAGGACGCUUCGAGGCGGGCUGUUGUUGAUGGGGGGUGA